AGAGUUUUCAGCUUCCCACGGCGACCCAGCAUGCGAGCCGCCGAGGUACGGCUCGUCAGGGCAAACGACGACAACGACGCGGUGGUGUACCUGCGGAAUCGCGGCGAGCAGCAGUUGUCGGCCACAGAUGUGCGCGUGCUGGCCGCCGCUGGCGGCGGCGGCGGCGGUGGCGACGACGAGGACGAGGACGAGGGACAGGUGCAGACCAUACGGCUCAUCAGGGAGCAGCCAGCGCGCCCUUCCAGCCGCAGCAUACGGGUCAUCGACGUCCGCCCGCACAGUCCCACCGGAAUGUUCCGCACAGGACGGUCCCGGUCCACGCCACGCGUUAGGAGGCGUUAGAGAGCGCGGAGAAUUAAACAAAACAAAAAUUAUUCCGCCUGUGCUUGCACGGU